CCGGCGGAUGAUUUGAAUUCCAGUUUUGUUUUCUACUUACGAUCGUCUCUGCGCAUGUUCAAACUUCUUCUCGAUUUAGCUAGGAGAUCAUGAAGCGGAAUCAAUCAAACGAUACUUAGAACGCUUACUUUUGUUUUUCUGUACGUUGCAGGAAUCCAAAUCUCUUCAAUCAUCAGGCGGAAAUGAUCGUCUAGAUGGAAACUAGAGCGGAGCAGGAGAAAGUUUACAACAUAAUUCCAGUUGAUUAUGUUGGGAAAUCUGUAGAAAUUAAAGUAGCUAUCUCACUGAUAGAAUUAACUGAUGUGAAGUGGCCAAUGGCAAGAACACCGCAAUCAAAUAAACCGGAUAUUCUCGAGUAUUUGAAAAUCCUUUUUGGAUUUCAGGAAAGUGAAUUGGGAGACAACGUUAGGAAUCAAAGGGAGAAUUUGGUGAUGUUGUUAGCUGAUUAUCACACGAGGUUGACAGCUUCAAAACCUCUAGAUAAGCUGCAGCUCAAUGAAAGAGCCGUUGAUGCCGUCAUGAAAAAGCUAUUCAAGAACUACAAGGACUGGUGCAAAUUUUUAGGAAUUGAUCACAAUCUAAGGUUUACUGGUCGUAAGAUACUCUAUAUUGGCUUGUAUCUUCUCAUAUGGGGUGAAGCUGCAAAUAUUCGCUUUAUGCCGGAAUGCUUGAAUUACAUAUUCCACAAUAUGGCGUUUGAGUUAAAUGAUACCUUGGCUAGAAAAGACUCCGUAACCGGAAUAAAAGAUGAUGAUCACUUUCUCCGGACGAUCAUUGAACCAAUCUACAAUGUGGUUAGAGAGGAAGCACAUAGGAAUGCAAAUGGCAAGGCUUCUCACUCAGAUUGGUCCAACUAUGAUGAUCUGAACGAGUAUUUCUGGUCUCCAGAUUGCUUAUCUCUUGAAUGGCCAAUGCGUAAUGAUGGAGAUUUCUUCAAAUCAACGCCACAGGCAAUAAUCAUUCUUGCAUUUAAACAAGUAGAGCUGAGGGAAAUCUUACGCGGAGAUGUUUUAUCUUCUCUCUCCAGUAUCUUCAUUACAGCAUCAUUUCUACUUGUCCUUCAAAGUCUCUUGGACUUAACCCUAAACUUCCCAGGCUUCCACAGAUGGAAAUUUCCUGAUCUCUUGAGAAAUAUUCUCAAGAUCAUUUUCUCAACACUAUGGUGUCUUCUAUUAACAAUUUGCUAUGCCCAGUCUGCCUCUAACCAUCCUGGGAAGCUGCAGCAAUGCCUAUCAUUUCUUCCACAAGUUAAAUGGAUUCCCUCACUAUCUUCCAUGAUAGUAAUCUACCUGAUACCAAAUAUGCUGGAAGCAAUCAUGUUUAGUUUUCCAAUGAUUCAAAGCCGGAUUGAGAUUUCAGACAGGCGCAUAUAUAGAUUGCUUUUGUGGUGGUCACAGGUAUACGCUGUUUUGGCUGAUCCUUUUCUGUUUCAAAUUUUCGUUCAAUUACUUUGUACAGGUACGCACAACUAUGGAGCAGUGGUGUCGCUCUGGUUACCAGUGAUAAUGGUUUAUUUUUUUGACACCCAAAUCUGGUAUGCUCUUUUCUCCUCGAUCUGUGGUGGGUUCAUUGGAGCCUUUGGUCGUUUAGGAGAGAUACGGACGCUUGAAAUGCUCAGCUCAAGGUUCCGAUCAUUACCUGGUGCAUUUAACACGUACCUGGUUCAUUCUGAUAAAACAAGGAAAAGAGGGUUUUCCUUGUCAAAAAGAUCUGAGGAGGUCACAGCACCAACUAGAACUGUAGUGGCAAAGUUUUACCUACUCUGGAAUGAAAUAAUUUCCAGCUUCCGCGAGGAAGAUCUCAUCAGUGACUGGGAGAAGGAUCUAUUGCUUGUUCCUUGUAAACCAGAUCCUAAAUUGAAACUAGAAAUUCAGUGGCCACUAUUUUUGCUUGCAAGAAAGAUACCAAUAGCAUUGGAUAUGGCAGCUCAAUUUCAAGAGGGAGAUUCUGACCUCUGGAACCGCAUAUGCACAGACGACUACAUGAGAUGUGCUGUCGUUGAAUGCUACCAAUCUUUCAAACACGUCUUAAAGACGUUAUUAACAGGGGAGAAUAGAAGGACUGUUGCUAACAUCAUCAAAAAUGUGGAUAACAAUAUCAAUAUAUUAAGGGGUCAUAAAGUAAUAGCUCAUUUACCUGCCCUUUGCGGUAAAUUUGUGGAGCUUGUCGAAAUCUUGAAAGGUGCGUGCCUAGACGAAGAAACUCCAGUGGUGCGGUUGUUGCAAGAUCUGUUGAAUAUAGUGACUCGAGAUAUGAUGCAGGAAAACAGUGAAGAGGAAAAAACACGUAGGCAACCUUUGGCUGCUGAUAGUUCUAUCAAUUUUCCUCCACAGAAAACACCUCAAUGGGAAGAACAGAUAAAUCGGCUUCAUUUACUUUUGACGGUAAAAGAAUCUGCAAUGGAUGUUCCGAGAAACCUUGAAGCGCGAAGAAGGAUUGCUUUCUUCACAAAUUCACUGUUUAUGGAUAUGCCUAGAGCUCCUUGUGUCAGAAAUAUGUUCUCCUUCAGCGUCCUAACUCCGUACUAUAGUGAGGAGACCGUCUACUCUCAAAACGACCUGGAAAAGGAGAAUGAAGAUGGUAUAUCGGUUUUAUACUAUUUGCAGAAGAACUUCCCAGAUGAGUGGACCAACUUCUUGGAGCGGCUUAGUUGUAAAGACGAAAAAGCUGUUUUGAAGAGUAGUGCAAAACAUAUAUUGCAGCUUCGCCAUUGGGUUUCUUUGAGGGGACAGACUUUGUUUAGAACAGUUAGAGGAAUGAUGUACUACAGGCGGGCACUCAAGCUUCAGGCUUUUUUAGACAUGGCUACUGAAACAGAAAUAGAAGCAGGGAUCACAGCCAUUUCAGAGGACAUGAAAAGUCUGUUAGAGGAAGUAGUAGACAGAAAAUUUACUUACGUCGUUACUUGUCAAAAUUACGGAAAUCAGAAGCGAAAUGGAGACAAGGAAGCGGACGACAUCCAUGACCUAAUGAUUGACAAUCCCUCUCUCCGUGUAGCAUACAUUGAUGAUAUUAAAGAACGAGAAGGAGGAAAACUAUUCUACUCGGUGCUUAUCAAAGCUGUUGGGAAUACAGAACAAGAAAUAUAUCGGAUAAGAUUGCCGGGUCCAGCAAAAAUAGGAGAAGGAAAACCCGAAAAUCAGAAUCAUGCUCUUAUUUUUACACGAGGAGAAACUCUCCAGGCUAUUGACAUGAACCAGGACCAUUACUUGGAAGAAGCAUUUAAGAUUAGAAAUUUGCUCCAAGAGUUCAAUGAAGACCAUGGAGUACGUGCACCAACUAUUCUUGGUUUGAGAGAACAUAUUUUUACUGGAAGUGUUUCUUCGCUAGGCUGGUUUAUGUCGAAUCAAGAAACAAGCUUCGUGACCAUUGGUCAGCGAGUCUUCGCUUCUCCUUUAAAGGUCAGGUUUCACUAUGGUCACCCUGAUGUCUUUGAUAAAAUCUUCCACAUCACCCGGGGUGGCAUCAGCAAAGCAUCAUGCGGCAUAAAUCUUAGCGAGGAUAUCUUUGGUGGUUUCAAUUCAACUCUGAGGCGUGGUAAUAUCACUCACCAUGAGUACAUCCAAGUAGGGAAGGGAAGAGAUGUUGGUUUGAACCAGAUAUCCCUCUUUGAAGCCAAAGUUGCUUGUGGUAGCGGGGAGCAAACAUUGAGUAGGGAUCUCUACAGACUUGGGCAUAGCUUUGAUUUCUUCCGCAUGAUGUCUUGCUACAUCACAACCAUAGGCUUCUACAUCAACUCGAUGAUUAUUGUCCUCACAGUUUAUGCAUUCCUAUAUAGCAAGCUCUAUUUGUUAUGGAGUGGAAUGGAAGAAGCAGUUAUAUUUAGUUGUGACAAGGCAACAUUGAGGGAAAUAUUGGAGAAGUUGCCUCAAGAUUAUUUGAAAUACAUCUUAACAAUGUGUGAACUAAAUAGUUCGCUCAUGGCAGUGAUGGCAUCACAAUCUGUAGUGCAACUCGGUCUGCUGCUGGCAGUACCAAUACUGGUGGAGACUGGCUUAGAGAGAGGAUUCAGAACGGCGCUGUGCGAGUUCAUCAUUAUGCAGAUUCAAUUAGCAUCUGUAUUUUUCACCUUCUCACUUGGAACAAAGGUUCAUCACUAUGGGCGAACUUUACUCCAUGGGGGAGCAAAGUACAGAGCAACAGGGCGUGGGUUUGUGGUGAAGCACGCAACGUUUGCAGAGAAUUACAGAACGUAUUCGAGAAGCCAUUUUGUGAAAGCAAUGGAGAUAGUGGUUCUUCUCAUAUGUUACUGGCUGUAUGGGAAAGGAAGCAAUUCUGUAGCGUAUACAUUUCUGACGGGAUCAAUUUGGUUCCUUGUUAUAUCAUGGCUCUUUGCUCCCUUCAUUUUCAAUCCCUCGGGAUUCGAGUGGCAGAAAACACUUGAUGACUGGAAUGAUUGGUUUACAUGGAUUAGUAACAGAGCUGCAGACAGAAAGUGGGAAACGUGGUGGGAAGAAGAGCAACAGCAUCUUCAUCACUCUGCUUUUUUGGGAAAGUUCUUUGAGAUCGUUCUUUCCUUCCGCUACUUCAUCUUUCAGUUCUUUAUCAUACAUAAAUUGGAGAUAAGUAAGGCGAGCGGACUGGGAGAGAAGUUGGUGUAUGGACUGUCCUGGUUCAUGAUAUUGGCGUUUGUGUUCAUAUUACAAUUGUUAUCAGCGGGGAGAGAGAGAUACGGGGCGGAUUUCCAGCUUAUAUAUUAUUGUUUUGCCGUUGGUCUUUCUGCCAACAGGAUGGGCACUGCUCCAGAUUUCGCAAGUGGGGAGACCAUUGAUGAAAGCCUUAGGCUUGUGGGAGUUGGUCAAGAUGUUUGCGAGCUUAAACACACAUUUUCAUACGAUUUCAGAAUGUGUGGGGAGAAGUUUUCAUCGAGAUGGAACCCAAUUGCACGUUCACAUUCAGGAAUCACAGGGGUCGCCCAUGAGGACGCUCCAUUUGUUUCUCUGAUGGACAUCCUGACCUAUCACAAUAUGUGUUGUUCGGUUCAUACAAGUGUAUCCCCGAGAUGUCAGAAAACUCCCGAUUCCAACAGAAAUAUCAAAUUGCUAGCUAUACUAGAAGAUGCAACCACCAGAAUCCACGCUUCUCUAUAUGCUGAUGAAGGGAGAAAGCUCGGAAGAAAAUUACCUCCACCAAAGAAUGCAACUAACACUAAGAUUAAAUCCAAAGCAAUUAUACUUACUGAGCAAAGUGUGGCUGCUGAAAAGAGUGGCUUAUCUACUAGUAAAAAAGGCUUGACCUUGAAGGUGCUUCUGCCACAAACUUCACAUCACAAUGCCAAAGUUCGCAAAGAUGCAUUAUAUGGUAUCAAAGACCUUUUCAAGAAUCAUCCAGCAGAGCUACAGUCACAUAAAUAUGCUAUCAUACAGAAACUCAAGGAACGCAUUAGUCAUGAUGAUAAGCUAGUGAGAGAUACUUUUUAUCAACUAUUUAAUACUGAGGUCUUUACUGCUUGUAAAGAGGUAUGAUUAAAAUCUUUUUCCACUUGUUAUUUCAUCGUUAUUCUUACUGGUUCCGCUUCCAUUGGUUUCUCUUAGUUUUUUGUGUUAUGAGAUGCAAGAGAUGUGAAUUUGAAAUUAUUAUGGUUUCUAGUCUCUUAGUUAUGCAUACUAUAUUGAUAUGAUCAUGUCUUUUAUAGUUUAGUGUCAUAUCUAACGGCCGUUUCUAUGUGUGAAUCUAUCAGGAUAACCAGGGCCCUAUGAUGUCACUUUUGA